AUGAACUUGAAUGAUAAGUUCAAGAUUCGGAGCGAAGGCGUUGAAUGGCUAUACCUCCUAGCAGCUAAGGCAUUCAAGAAGUCUACCUUCAGGUAUUAUUGGAAUCAGCUUGCGGGAUUCCCAGAACUGCGACAGUACUUGGAGGAACUCGGGUUCGAUAAAUGGUCACGCGCAUAUCAACCUAGAUUGAGGUAUAAUCAGACGACAACUAACAUUGCAGAGUCCAUGAAUGCAGUUCUAGUUCACGCACGAUAUUUGCCGGUCACUACACUAUUAGAACAUUGUGGGGCUCUUCUGCAACGAUGGUAUUACGAACAACGGACGUACGCAUCGACCAGAGCAUCCAUUCUAACUGAUUAUGUUGAGGGGAUUGUUAAGAGUGCAGUGGAGCAGGCUCGACAACAUACGAUUAGACCGAUUGAUAAUUACGAAUACGAGGUACACGAUGGUAACAGCAAGGUGCGUGUCAACCUAAACAGUAAGAGUUGUACGUGUAAACAGUUUGACUACUACCAGAUCCCGUGCUCCCACGCUGUCGUUGCCACCAUGCAUCGUAAUGUUAGUAUAUACACGCUGUGUUCGCCCAAGUAUAAAUUAGAAACACUUCUUAACACGUACGCCGAGCCAAUCUACCCAUUAGGUGAUGAGGAGGACUGGCCUUUACCCGACGACUUUGUUGAGUACACCAUCGAGCCUCCGAAGUUCGUUGCAAGAGUUGGGAGACGGCAAACAGUACGAAUACCAUCAGCAGGCGAGCCUCAACAGAUACAUAAAUACAGCAGGUGUGGAAUGCAAGUUCACAAUAGGAAAACUUGCCGCCAACCAUUACGAACAACUGAGUCUUAG